ACCCUUUUAAUUUAUUUGUUUAAUUUUUCUUUCUACUAGUUUUAUUAUUUAGUGCUUAUUUCUACUUCUAGUUGUUGUAUCAAAAGUUUGAGAUUUAAAGAAGUUGAUUAUCUGAUUAUAGUUGUUGGGGUUCUUUGGCAGAUGAAUUUAAAUGACCCAAUUCUAGUUUAUUGGUUUCUUUAAUAAUUUUACUACAGCUGAAAUACUUCUGAUUAAUAUUUUAGGCUAUGGUUCAAAAAGUUUACAUUUUUUUCCAGUUUCUUCUUGGGUUUUUUGAUGGCAAUAGAAUUAUUAACUCAUCCAUGACCCAGUUCUAGUUUUUUUUUUUUGAGUUCUUUAAUAGUGUUACUAGAGCUGAAAUACUUCUGAAGUAUAUAUUUAGGCUUAUGGUUCAAAAAGUUUACAUUUUUGAUACUUGUUAUUUGCUUUUUGCUAGCAAUAGAGUUCUUACUAAAUCUUUAAUUUUGGGCAGCUUAUAAUAUGUCCAAUCGUUUUGCUUUUAACCCAAGCUCGAUUUUUUUGAAUCAUUUUGCACUAAAACUUGUCCAAGUUGCAUUGUAUUAUCAAGAAGAACUGUAGAAGUAUUACAUAAAUCCAAUCAUCAUUUAAGCGGAUUUAUAAUGGAGAAUUGUUCUGUAAGAUUGUCCAUAUUACUUUCUACAGUUCUACUGUAUUAAAGCAGCACGAAAAAAAUAUAUGCAGAAAUGGUAUUUAUGCUGAAACAGGAAAGGAUAAAUAUAAGUCGAAGCUGUUUACGCUGAUUUUGUCAAUGUGGAUGAUGAAAUACAAAUGCUCCUAUGGUACUGAUGAAACCAUUGUUACAAUCUAAGAAUUUUAGAAGAAAUUCUAGAUAAGAACUAAGCCAUGCUAAAGGAAAUUAAGAGAUAAUUUCAUAAAUAAGCUCCGAAUGAGCUGAAAGUAGUUACAAGUACCCUCCCUUCGAGAAGGCCGAACUAAAAAUAAGAAAUUACAUUUGGGGAGAAUAUGUAAAAAACCAACUAGUAAUUAUAACUAUAGUGAUCUAUUUGUAAAUGUCCUGAAGUUAACAGCUAACUCUAACAACCUUAGCUGAUCAAUGCACGUAUAAACUUUCAUAGCCUCUGCACCAACCUUCUCAAGCAACUCAAUUGCAGGCAUAUCCAUAUUUUAUCAACCAUAGGGCUGGCAGCACUAUAACAGCUAUCUGGGGAUAACAAGGGAAUAAAAGGAACUAUAAGGGGUUAAACACAAGAUAAAAGAUUUCACGACUAAAAUCAUAAAAGGACUCUGCUAACUAAUUUUAACAACCAUUGUCUAGCUUGAGCAUUGACAACACUUUAAUGUUGCAUUCCAUUCUCUCUCAAAGCCAAUCUUGUCCUCAAGGUUGGAAUGGAAAGAAGGAAACUUAGCCUUGAUGGUGUAGAAAUAUUCCCAAGUGACUUCUUCCUGCUAUAAAUUCGCCCAUUGUACUUAAAUUUGUGUAGCAACCUUGUUUCCCUUUUGCUGUUACCGUUUCGGAAAAAGAAGAACCUUGUUUCCCUUUUGAUAAUCAUCCGUCAAGAACAACUAUAGGCCCAACUGUCCACCAAGGGUGGAUCUUGAGACAUAGAGUGCUCACUCCCGACAUGAAACACAAGGUACAAACGACAAUAAUUGGGAAGACGAAGCUCAUAAGCUACUGGAUUUAUAUUUCGAAUCAUCUCGCGCAAAUCAUAACGUUUUGUUCUAGCUUCUGAUUCUUCCUCAGGGCCAAGGAAUAUCGUUGAGGGGGUUGCUGCUUAAGGAAUACAUAGUCCCCAAUGGUGAACUCUCUUUCUGUUCUAUGAGGGUUUUCUUAGACCUUCACUCUACUUUGAGCCUCUUCCAAGUUUUCCUUCAGCCUUUUUUGCCAUAAGUUGUCUGUCCCUUAAACGUUGAUCAACAACUUCGACCUUGGACUGUCCAACCAGAUGGAAGUGGAAGUGAGGAGGGUAGCCGUACAAGGCUUCAAAAAGGAGUAGCUUCCAGUGAAGUGGGUUUUGUACCACUACUUCGCAAGAAAGCUGUUGGUGCCAUUGACUAGGCUAGGGUCAUGCAAUGUAGGUAGGACUCCAAACAUUGGCUGACUUUCUCAGUUUGGCCAUCCGAUUGUGGAUGGUAAGCUGACCUAUUAUUAAAUUCAACAUGCUAGCAUUGCUUUAUGAGCCGUUUGUCCAUGAGAAUUAUUCACUUUUUUCCAGAAUAAUUUGUCACUUUCAAAUUUAGUAUUUGAUUAUAUUCCUAAAUCGAACUUGGAGUUGGAUUCCAAAUUUGAAAAAGUGCUCCAAACCUGUUUCCAAUUCCAUCUUUAUAUAUUCCAAAUAAAGUGGUCUUUUCUCUCCUUUGCAAUAAGUAUAGCCAAACACAAAUCCAUCUUCAUCUCCAACUUCAUAAAUUCCAUAUAAAGUGAAAAAUAUUUGAAAUCUAGGGCCAAACGCCUUAGUAGAUAAGUUGCUGGCUAUUAAGUCAAAACACAUGGAAGCAUUGGAGAACUAGCAAAAUGAGUAAGGUUUUAUGCAAGCCUAAUGGUUAAGCAAGAUGAAAGGAGCACAUCUGAGAGAGAUGAUCCAAAGUAUGUCUUCAAUUUCCUUCUGAAAUUAGACUAGAAUUAUCUGAUAAGGAGAUUGUAGUUAAAUAGUUGAUCCUCUGGUGUGUGGUGACUACUUCUUACUCUGACUUCUAAUUACACCUUAAUACUCAUUUGUAAUGAAUCACAAUCCAACUUGUCUUUCAAUCAGUAAUAAUCUGAAAACUUUCAAACUGAUUAGUCUACUCAAUUUACUGUUGCAUGAAGCUACGAGGUAAAACUUGGUCUAUCUGGCUAGAUUGGGAUGAAUAGAGAAGGGCAUUACUUCAUCUAUUUGAUGCUUCUCUUUGAGAAUAUUUCUAAUUCCAUGCAGCUUGUAACUUUUAAAUUGUCGAAUCUCAUUCACACAAUUACUAACUUGAUUUCUUCUUGUCCUCUGUCUCAUCUCAAUGGUUCAAUUGCUGGUUUUCACUUUCCGGAUAUAGUGCUUGCGGGGCUUGCCUUCAUGUUCUCUUCCAGCAUCUUGUUACAGAUCCUGGCUUGUGCUAUAUACAACAACUGGUGGCCAAUGUUAUCAGCUCUUAUGUAUGUUCUGGUUCCCAUGCCAUGCUUAUUUUUUGGUGGUGGGUCCACACAGUUCCUAAUAAGUCGAGAUGGCGGGGGGUGGAUGGAUGCUGCUAAAUUCUUAACAGGGGCAUCAGCUGUGGGAAGCAUAGCCAUUCCCAUUAUUCUCAGGCAUGCAGAUCUCAUCCAGACGGGAGCGAUGUUCAUCGAAUUCGUGUCCUUCUUCAUAUUUGUCUGCACAGUAAUGUGUUUUCAUCGUGCCAGUCUUGAUGACGAGUGGUGAUGUAAAAAUUGAGGUGUUGCGCUCUUUAGGUUCCUCGGCUGUAAUUAUGUGACCUGGUUUUGACGAACAAGAAAUGUAUAGCUUUGUCAGAUUCUUGAUGUGAGAGUUAUUUUCUCAGAAUUUGAACCUUUUGCUGAUGGAACAAAGAUCUUUUUUAGUUAUUUGCAUAGAUAGUUGCUGACAGAUGAUAAAUCCUCAAUCCUGUUGUCUAGAAGGCACUAUAAAUAUUGAUGGUGAAGCAUUCUGUGGAUGUUUCUGCUUGAA